AUGCAAGCGGCGCAGGAAAAUCGCACAAGGAACACAGACUACGUCGCCCACAGCAACGACAACGACUACAGAGGAAGAGGAGGAGGAGGAGGAGGAGGAGGAGGAGGAGGAGGAGGAGGAGGAGGAGGAGGAGGAGGCGAGGGAGAGGACACAGGAGGCGGAAUAGGGGCGUGGUUCCGCGGAAUCGGCGGAGGGGGAGGAGAGCAGCAAGAGCACGAGGGAAGAUUCGGCCCACAGCAAUCCAACGGCUACAACAACUACGGCGGAGGGGCUUCGGCUGCUCAGGGGAGGGGCCGAGGAUGGUGGCCAGGGGGUGGUGGAAACACGGCGGCUGCGGCGGCGGUGCCGAAGGCGGUGCCGGGGAGUCCGGUGGAGAUCCAGGUCCAGGCUUUGCAGGACAUGGGGUUUGCAGAGGACGCGGCGAGACUGGCGUUGAGAGCGUCUGGCUACGACACCAACCUCGCCGCGGAGUACUGCGUGACGGGCAUACCCCCCGAUCGCGCUGCGUCCGUCGCCGCGCUGAGUCCCGCCGCCGCCCCCGCCCCCUCUUCCUCUCGUGGCCGAAAAGGCUUGAUCGGGAACAACGUUGUUCCCUCCGGCGGCAACAGCGUCGGCGUACCCGCCUGGCGACGCGCAUCAGCGGGGGGGGGGACCCAAACCGGCGCGGUUUCGAACGGUGGGGGCUACGGGGGUGCGAUGACAGCAGCGUGGGGGGGGGCGGCCGUCGAUGGGGCAGGGAGAACAACCGGGCUUGACUGGCGAAACAUGCCUAGAGCGAACAACGGCGGUGGCGGUGGCGGUGGCGGCGGCGGGGGGGGAGGAACCGUUGACGUCUGA